AUGACAAGACACUGCCAAGGAGGCUCCCACGUCCCAUCCCCGCCUUACCCCAGGGCUUGGCUCUCCGUAUCACACAGACCAUGUUUUCCAAUUUUCUGUGUAACGCUACAUUCAACUGAACUGUAUUGGGUAGGUGGUUAUGAUCGGGUACUGUUACCCUUGUGCUUCGCACCUGUGUCCAGCCAGUAUUGUGGGAAGUGCCAAAUCGUAACGUGGUACUAA